AUGUCCGCCCAGCGGCCGACACCGCCAUGGCCCUCCUUGUACAACUUCCUCAUCGAAAUAGAGCCCAUCCACAAUAGGAAUCCAGUGCAGCCAAAGGGACGCUAUCUCUACGACCCAACCGACAUCUUCCGAUUCACGCUGUAUUGGACGCUGAUCUUCUACACGCCGGCGUUUGCCCUCUGCGGCACGUAUGUGUUUCUGAAUAUCGCCUUCACCCCGCAGUCGCGCGCGCGCCGUCUCCUGCUCUUCACGCCCCGCAAGGGCCAACCGCAGUCCGGGCUGCCUCUGCGAACAUACAAGUCCGCGCCCGAGUCUUCGAGUCCGACAGAUAGCUCCGCACUGUCUCCGUGCGAGACGAAGUACAGGCACAACGAACGGCGCUCGCGACUCACGUUUGCGCUUCUCGUCGCUUUCAUGUUUGCAGGCUGCGCCGUCGGAGACGGCGAUGAACAAUUCAUUCAGACGUUUUUCUGCCGAGCAUUGUACGACUAUCAGACAGACGACACAUCAUCGCUUUCCUUUCACCGCGGCGAUAUCAUCGAAGUUCUCACCCGCCUCGAGUCUGGUUGGUGGGAUGGCCUCCUCGGCGACGAGCGCGGCUGGUUUCCGUCAAACUACGUCAACGUCAUAUCGUACGAGGAGGCCGAAACUGCGUUGGGUGCGUCCGAGUAUGAGGUCACUCAGUCGAGCGUGGGCGACGACUCCACUACGGUCGAUAUGGCACACAGUCUGGGCCAGAGUCUGACACAAUCAAACUAUGACGGAGAUUGGCUCGAGCCAGAGUCUGAACACGAUCACACCGAUACGAGUAGCAGGGGAGGUGUGGUGAACGGACGUAGCAGGGGUGGAACACAGGCGCAUGACUUCUGGGUGCCGGAGGUAUCGGCAGAUGGACGCAUCUUUUAUGUCAAUACGCAGACCGGCGAGCACUCGCAAGACCUUCCCACAGAAACUGACGAGGACACUGACAACGAACUUGCCGUGGGGGUGCGACAGUCUGGUUCGCGACUCGGAUCCAAUGGCGUGUCUCAUGAUGCAAGCUUUGGCAUACCUCAACAAUCUCAGACUCCCGAGCCUUGGGUGCGUCGUUUGGCAGACGACGGCUUGUCCUACUACUACCUAAACAAGCUCGACGGGACGAUCUCAUGGAAAGCACCGCAUUCGGACCAUGCACCACCUGCCUACGAUUACGCCACCAGUUCCAGCUCGCACACCGUUAAUCAUGUUCCCCCUUUGGCGACUCGGCUGCGUUCGGACUCGUCUGUCUCUCGGAGAGAGCGAAGCUACAGCACGACUGAUCGCGCCAGCACCUACUCUGACGACUCCGACGUUCAGCCCCUUGGCCGAACUCGUGCGCAGGCGUCAGCGAGCAUAAUGCAACCUACUAACGGCUCGCACCACAACGGAAGCGUAAUGCACGGUCAAUCGGUCGUUGCAGACUUAACCCCUGCUGAGCAGCUGGCAAAGGUUCUGCAGCACUCACUCUCACCUAACCUUCCCGAAACUCCUCUCGAGCUGCAGGAUCAUGUACGAGAGUCCAUAUCUGCUGUUGUCGACUUCCUCAAGUCCACUAGCCACGCUAGGCGCCCAGAGCAUACAACAGAAGUGAACAGCCGUGUAUUGCAAGUCGUGACCACAGUCCGCAACUUACUCUACGUUACUGCAACACCCACAGGCCAUAUACCAAGUUACCUAUACCCCCGUCCCUCGAGCGACUCUCGCUCUGCGUCAUCAUCGCAGGCACUCCAGACGCACCUCAAAGCGGCGCACCGGAAGGUCGCUGGAACCCUUUCCAAGCUGGUCCUCUCUGCACUCGCUAUGCAGUACGAUCCUGCGCUCUCUGUCGGCGAAAAACCGAAUCGCAUGGAGUCUGAUGCCUCAGAGCUCGAGCGUUCGGUCGUCGCCUUCGUGGAAGAACUGCAUCGUUACCAGCGCGAGCACCCCACAAAACUUCCGGAGUCGAAGCGCCUACUCGGUGUAUUUUUACCGAACAACGUCGGCCCUGGCCUCCCUGGCGCAGGCUCAGCAGGCGACUGGAAGGGCUUUGGCUAUGUAACGUCUGCGCAGGACAGAAGGUCGCCCAGGCGUAUCCUCGACCCCGAGGUAGUUAAAGAGCUCAAGACCGUAGCGGGUACAAUGGAUCGCCUGCUCACCGCGCUCCUGACGACUUGGCGCAGCAUGGAGAGCGAGCGCAUACAAUCGGAAGGGCGCAUCCUCAUCGGACACCUGUCAUCUAUCCUCGCAUACGUGGGCGACAUUGACGUCGCUCAGCAGGUCGACGUCGACGCCGUGCGGGCGGAGACGUUGACGCCCCCGUACGCAGAGACUGUCGAAAAGGCGCGCUUCCUGCUUCGCACGCUCGAGGUCGCCGUCCAGGCGCUGUACGACGACGCUACCUCUCUUCUCGAGGCUGUCCAAGCGCCACGAGAAUGGGACCAGCACACGCAGCAUCCUGGUUCGGACAGCGUGUCCCAGUAUGAGUUCGUCGAGGGCCUGGUGAUGACGCUGAAGACAAAUCUUAACAUUACUGCCUCCCAACUCGAGCACCUCUACCUCAUUGGACGAGACCAAGCCGACAUCGGGACCAACGCAUACAGUAGCUCCAUCGAGUGGCGACGUUCCCGGGGCAGUACUGUCUUGUAUGACACUGCCACUAUUUCUGGCAACCCAGCACACGAGGCAGAGGAUGUCGUCGACAUGGAGCUCGCGUUCUCGAGGCCGGCACUACGCACUGUGCCGUCAUUAGAUUCAGGCCACGCGUCUUCGACCAUAUAUCACAAUGGGUCGCAACAGCAUUCUGAGACGUCGCUCAACACGGAGCGGUCGCGUUCGGAAGAUCCAAACGAGCCGGUCACCCCGACAUGGCACGAGGGCUCGUCGGACGUGGGCACGAUGAUCGCACACGACGAAGACGACAUGUUCGCCGACGAUACCGGCUCCCUGCUUGACGUUGCCGGGCAGACUGUCGAAAAGGCGCGCUUCCUGCUUCGCACGCUCGAGGUCGCCGUCCAGGCGCUGUACGACGACGCUACCUCUCUUCUCGAGGCUGUCCAAGCGCCACGAGAAUGGGACCAGCACACGCAACAUCCUGGUUCGGACAGCGUGUCCCAGUAUGAGUUCGUCGAGGGCCUGGUGAUGACGCUGAAGACAAAUCUUAACAUUACCGCCUCCCAACUCGAGCACCUCUACCUCAUCGGACGAGACCAAGCCGACAUCGGGACCAACGCAUACAGUAGCUCCAUCGAGUGGCGACGUUCCCGGGGCAGUACUGUCUUGUAUGACACUGCCACUAUUUCUGGCAACCCGGCGCACGAGGCAGAGGAUGUCGUCGACAUGGAGCUCGCGUUCUCGAGGCCGGCACUACGCACUGUGCCGUCAUUAGAUUCAGGCCACGCGUCUUCGACCAUAUAUCACAAUGGGUCGCAACAGCAUUCUGAGACGUCGCUCAACACGGAGCGGUCGCGUUCGGAAGAUCCAAACGAGCCGGUCACCCCGACAUGGCACGAGGGCUCGUCGGACGUGGGCACGAUGAUCGCACACGACGAAGACGACAUGUUCGCCGACGAUACCGGCUCCCUGCUUGACGUUGCCGGGCCGUCGAGCGGCAAGUCGCCAGCGCCAAAAGCGGCGUCGAAACUUGUGAAGCUGCUUGGGGAGGCCCCGCAGCACUACAUCAACAAGAUUAACGCCGACCAGCAGCCCUGGUACCUGCGGCCGAACUAUGACCAGUCGGAGAUUCUCAUCGAUCCUGAUGGUGGUGUCAGGGCUGGGUCAAAGACAGCCUUGAUCGAACGCUUGACUGCGCACGAGACGGCCGAUCAUACAUUCAGCAAGCACUUCAUGAUUACGUUCAAGUCGUUCAUGGAGCUCGACGAGCUGUUCGAGCUGCUCGUGGCGCGCUUCUGGAUUGAGCCGCCGCUGCAACUGGCUUCCGAAGAGCUCGAGGACUGGACGAAGCAGAAGCAGGUCAUGAUUCGUCUCCGAGUGUUGAACACAUUCCGGACGAUGAUCACGGAUGAGGAUGUCCUCGAGAAAGACGACAUGUACAUCCUCGACCGCAUCCGCGACUUCUGCGUGAAGGCGGAGUUGACGACGAGCGUUGCUGCUGCGAAGUCUCUUGUCGUGCUCAUUGACCGAGUGCUGCAUGGAGGCGAGGGUGCUAUCAAGACCAUCAACACUAUGCCUGUGUCUCCGCCACCGCCAAUCCUCCCCAAAAACCUGAGGAAGCUCAAGCUGCUUGAGGUCGACCCGCUCGAGAUGGCGCGUCAGCUAACCAUCAUGGAGGCAGACCUGUACAAGAAAAUCCGACCAAUCGAGUGCCUUACACGCUCGCGUGAAUCCACACGCGCCGGAAAGGCGAACGACAAUAUCGCGAAUAUCAUUCGUUUGAGUAAUAGGAUCGCGAAUUGGGUUGCGGAGUCGGUCCUUGAGAAGGAAGACUCGCGGAAGCGUGCUGUCAUUGUGAAGCAUUUCAUUGCCAUCGCCGACCGCUGCCGCUCGUUACAGAACUUCUCCACCAUGGUGGCCAUUACUUCGGGUCUCAACACGCCACCCAUCCGUAGGUUGAAGCGAACUUGGGAGCUCGUCAAUCAACGGUUCAUGUCGCAGCUGGCGACGUGCGAGGCGACUAUCGACUCCAACAAGAACUUCAACAAUUAUCGAUCCACUCUGGCAAGCAUCACUCCUCCGUGCGUCCCCUUCAUCGGUACAUAUCUAACAACUCUGACCUUCAUCAACGAUGGUGCUGAGGACAAGAUCUCUGGGCAAAUGGUGAACUUCAGGAAACGCCAGAAGGCCGCCGAAGUUAUCUUGGACAUCAAGCGCUGGCAAGCAAUGCCCUAUAACUUGAAUUUGGUCCCAGUGAUCUGCACCUGGCUCGAGGAGGGCUUCGAGAAGUAUCAAGACGGGAAGGACUACGGUGACCAAUUCUGGAACCAGAGUCUCGACAGAGAGCCCCGUGAACGUGAGGACGAGAAGAUGGCUCGUCUCCUUCAGGAGAGUGGAUUCCUGUAGAAAAUACGUCUCUCCUUACAGACGACUUUCCGACCGCCGGACAGCUUUGUGUCGCCCCCCUCGUUUCGUUUCGCUUCUAUCUUAUCCGCGCGCUGCCGUUUUAGUUCUUGCUAUUUCUCUCGCCGCCUUUACUUCCGCUAAAAUCCUUUCGUUGCCAACGUACAUAUUAUACCACUGUAUAUUUUUUGGGGUAGUACUUACCGCUUGUAAACCAACUAUACGCUGCUCAAACGAUGCUUGUCCCUGCC